AUGGAAGUCUUGACGAAGCUCCUGGAACAAGCAGUGGAAGCAGGCAACAUCAGGCUUCACCCGCGGUGCCAUGACCCACGGGUUACUCACCUCUUAUUCGCUGAUGACUUGUUGGUCUUUUCAGAUGGUUCCCGACACUCUAUCACUGGCAUCAAAAAGGUUCUGUCUAUUUUCAAAGAUUGGACUCGUCUUGACAUGAAUGCACAGAAAUCAGAAAUAUUCUUCGGAGGCUACUCAGAAUUAGAAGCAUCGGUGACUGCGGAUAUCUCGGGGUUUAAGAUUGGGACCUUCCCUACAAGGUACUUGGGUCUGCCGCUGAACCCUAGCAGGAUAAGCUACGCAACGAUGCAGCCUUUCCUUGAAAGAAUCACCUUGAAACUCCAUAGCUGGACAGUAAAGACUCUUUCUUUUGCUGGUAAAAUGGUUCUAGUUGCAUCAGUGAUAUAUGGAAUGAAUGGUACUGCGUCUGCAGUCGGGGCCAGAGUUAGUUGGAACAAUAUCUGUAAGCCAAAGCAAGAAGGUGGCCUUGGGCUGAGGAGUCUUGAAGAGUAUCAGAAAGUGUUUGAGUUGAAACGAGUCUGGAAUUGUUUCUCUCAAUCAGGCUCCCUCUGGGUGGCUUGGCUGCAUUGUAAUGUGUUCAAUAGAAAGAGUUUUUGGACUACUAACGACUCACAAAGAUUCUCUCCUACGGUGAGAAGUAUGCUCCAGCAGAAGCCCUUGCUCCUAGAUUUUUUAAGGUGUAUUAUUGGGGAUGGGAAGACUGCAUCUUUUUGGCAUGAUUACUGGACGGAUCUUGGCCCUCUGAUAUCGGUAUUUGGCCACACAGGUCCGCGGGCUCUGCGGCUGAACCUGGAAUCUCAUGUUUGUGAUGCAUCUCAGGAUGGGGUCUGGUCGCUACCACAUGCACGGUCUGAUGAAGCAGUCACACUUCAGAUAGUACUCACGACAAUGACUACUCCAUCGUUGGAUCAUGGAGCCGAUAGGUUCUUAUGGCGCAAUGGAGCUGGUCAUUAUGUGCCAAAGUUUUCUGUUAAAGCAACUUGGAACUCUAUUAGGGAGUCUGCCUCGGUUGUGCCUUGGCACUCUCUGGCCUCUGGGCGCACUACUGUGGCAACUAUGGACUCUGUUCCUUCCUCACUCAAUGCGGUUUCUUCUCUCCUGUCUCUUCGUCAGGUUGGUGACACACCAGGCCUCCGGGUCGUGUUAAUACUUCUUUUGCAGGCCAUCGUUUACUGCUCUUGGAGGGAACGAAACCUUCGUAUCUUCCAGCAGACCUCUUCGACUGAAGCCGGCGUCAAAGCUCAAGUCCAUCGCCUCCUUCAGGACCGCCUCAUCUCCACCCAGCCUCCAACGCCUGCUUCUACUCUGCUGCAGGUUUAUCUCUCGCUACUACCAUCCGGACCGUAA